AUGCCCGCUCCUACUACCACCCUCCUCAUCGAGGGGAGCUUCACCGAGCUCGCCGACGAGUUCGCCCAGUACGUCGACGCUCUCCGCAAGAAUGAGGGCGCCAGCCUUCAGGCCGAAAUUUCCCCGCUCCUCGAGCCCCUCCGCCAGCAGGAACAAAAUGAAGAACAGGCCGAUCUGAAGCAGCGCGAUGAGGUUCUCAAGAAGUUGGUGUCGGCUGCCGCCGUCUUGAACUCGGCUCCGGAGAAGGAAAUUACCCCUUCGUACAACCUCCUUGUUCACCUCGUCCAACAGGCUUCGGAUGCGGACAUGUUCCUGUCGCGAAUCUGCACCUACCUCGCCAAACCCAUCACCACCUCGCCGCAGUUCGGCCCCACGCUGGCCAUCUCCAUCCUUACCACCAUCUUCAACACUCUCUCUUCCACCGACUCUAGCCGCUUCCACGUUCUGUUGGCCAUAAUCGCCGUCAUCCGUCAGUCGGCCUCCGCCUACGCCUUCGAGGCCCUCAAGCCCCAAUUGACUGCUCAGUUGCCCACCUGGUUGGCUUCUUGGGAGCUGGACGAGGAGGAAGCCCAGAAGCUGCACCUGGCUGUUGCUGAGGCCGCCCAGGUAGCUGGUGACACUGAGUUGGCCCAGACGCACACCAUCCAGGCGUUGCAGACCAUCCCCGCCAACAAUGCCGCCAGCAAGGAGGCCCGCGACCUGGCCGUCCGGGCCUUGAGCUCCGCCUUGCAGCACCCAACCGUGUUCGAUUUCACCCCGCUGACCGCUUCUGACGCCGUCCAGGCCCUCCGCACCAGCGACAGCACCCUGUUUGAACUCCUCGAGAUUUUCACUUCGGACACCCUUGAUGCCUACGAGGACUUCGUCGCCGCCACCCCGUUGACCUCCAUCUCCGAGGGUGUGCUCGCCAAUGCUGGAGAGGCCCUGCAGAACAAGAUGCGCCUUUUGACCCUGGCCUCGCUUGCUGCCUCUACCCCGUCCCGUUCGCUCCCUUACUCCACUAUCGCCUCGUCUCUGCGCGUGCCCUCGGAGGAUGUUGAGAAGUGGGUGAUUGACACUAUCCGUGCUGGUCUUGUUGAGGGCAAGCUGUCGCAGCUGCGCUCGGAGUUCUUGGUUCACCGCGCCACCUACCGUGUCUUUGGUGAGAAGCAGUGGGCUGAGGUUCAGGGCCGCCUGAUGGUGUGGCGCCGCUCUCUGGAGAGCGUCCUGGGCGUUGUCCGUAGCGAACGUGAGCGAUUCAUCCGCGAGGGACAGCAGGCUGCUGCUGAGGAAGCCAAGACAGGCGAGAAGGGAGGCAAGUCCGGAGACCGGAGACGGAAUCAGAACCAGAGCCAGCAGCAGAGUGCACCGCAACAGCAACCCCGGGAGGUUGAGGCCGUUGGUGGUGCUGAAUAG